AUUUAUUGCACACAUCAUGUGACAGUGAGAAGCCCAACACUUCCAUAUAAAUCAAAGCACUCUGGUAUAGUUUAGUAGCACAAGAAUCACAAGGUGUGGUCAAAGAAUAAGGCAAGCCAAAACAUGAAAGCUCCUCUCUCCAUUAUCUCUCUCCCCCUGCUUUUUAUUCUUCUUCACCUUGUUAUUCUUCCCCAAGCUUCUGUCACCCUUUUGAAAAGUUAUACCACCUGGUGCUUUCUAGUAGUUGUUGUUUGUUUUACAUUCUUGAACAACAACAUAUGGCUCAAGUCACUAAGGCUUAGAUGGAAGCUUAAAAGGCAAGGCAUCAAAGGGCCUCACCCUUCUUUACUCUAUGGAAAUGUCCCUGAGAUGCAGAGGAUUCAGUCUUCUACUAAGUCCAUCUCUUCCUCUUCUGUUGAUUUCAUAGCCCAUGAUUAUACUUCUACUCUCUUUCCUUACUUUGAACAAUGGAGAAAACUCUAUGGUCCAGUUUAUACUUAUUCAACUGGGGACAAGCAACAUUUGUAUGUGAAUCAUCCGGAACUAGUGAAGGAAAUGAACCAGUGCAUCACUUUCGGAUUAGGGAAGCCUUCGUAUAUAACGAAGAGGCUGGAGCCUUUACUUGGGAAUGGCAUUUUGAGGUCUAAUGGUCAUUUCUGGGCUCAGCAGAGGAAAAUCGUGGCCCCGGAGUUUUUUAUGGACAAGGUCAAGGGAAUGGUUGGUCUGAUGGUGGAGUCAGCAGAGCCACUACUGAAGAGAUGGGAGGCCUGCAUUGAAGCACAAGGGGGAAGUAUGACAGAAGUAAGAGUCGAAGAGGAUUUAAGAAGCGUCUCUGCUGAUGUUAUCUCGAGAACAUGCUUUGGCAGCAGCUAUGUCAAAGGCAAGCAGAUCUUCUCCAAGCUCAGAACUCUUCAAGAGACCAUAUCUACUGGCAGCGUUCUUUUUGGCCUCCCAACAUUCGGAUUUCUGGCAACUAGGCAGCAAAAGGAGAUAAGGGGUUUAGAAAAGGAGGUGGAGUCAUUGAUCUGGGAAGUUGUAAAAGAACGCCAAAAGGAAUGUAUAGAUGCCUCGUCAUCAUCCGAGAGGGAUCUGCUGCAGCUGAUACUAGAAGAGGCCAUUAAUGAUGUUUGUGUGGGCAAGGAGUCAUCCAAGCAAUUUAUUGUUGAUAAUUGCAAGAACAUUUAUUUUGCAGGGCAUGAGUCCACUGCUACAGCUGCUUCGUGGUGCUUGAUGCUUCUUGCUUUACAUCCUGAAUGGCAAGCUCGUAUACGUGAGGAAACUCUUCAAAUCUGCCCUGACAGCGUUCUAGAUUCAGACUCAAUUUCCAAAAUGAAAACGGUAACUAUGGUGAUUCAAGAAGUGAUGCGUUUGUAUCCGCCAGCAGCAUUUGUGUCAAGGGAAGCACUAGAAGAGACUCAAAUAGGCCGAAUCACGGUCCCAAAAGGCGUAUGCAUAUGGACAUUGAUCCCCACAUUGCAUCGCGAUUCAGACAUAUGGGGAGCAGAUGCCAACGAGUUCAAGCCUGAGAGGUUUUCGUCAGGUGUGUCGAAUGCCUGCAAAGUUCCACAGGCAUAUAUUCCAUUCGGCUUAGGGCCUAGGCUGUGUUUAGGUAAAAACUUUGCAAUGGUUCAGUUGAAAGUUGUGAUUGCACUUAUCAUAUCCAGGUUCACAUUUUCACUGGCUCCCAGUUACAAGCAUUCCCCUGCUUAUAGAAUGAUUGUAGAGCCUGGACAAGGUGUGUCCAUUGUCAUUCAGAGAUCUAAGCUGGCCUAAUAAAUUUUGGUUUUGUGCCAACAGGCACAUUGCUCUUUUCUUGCUCAA